AUGGAGAAUCCAGUUGCUGAAAUCUCCACGGUCAUCCGUCUGCUGACGCAGUCGCCGCCGUCUCUGCAGGAGACUGUCUUAGAGCGGUUCUUCACUAGCAAUGCAUCUUUUGUCCAUCCGUUCUGUCGAGUCCCUAGCUUUCAGGGGAGCCGAUGGUGGGUUGCAAAGAUCUUCCAGUGGUACAAGAUUAUGUCGCCCCGGAUUGAAUUGGAGAUUCAUUCGAUCGCAUUUGACGAAGACAAUCUCAAGCUUUAUGUGAACAUGUCCCAGAUCUUCUCGAUCUGGGUGGUUCCUUUCCAUGUUGCUUCUGCUCGCCUUACUACGGUCUUGGAUUUGACGGUUGAAUCACCCAAGACUGAUGCCACGACUAAUGGUGACCACAGUCUUUAUUACAUCACCAAGCAGGAAGAUCUAUACCAAACCUCGGAGUUCAUCAAGUUCCUCAUGCCACAUAUUGGACAUUGGCUUGUGUUUGGCUGGCACCUCGUCGCAACACUCUUCUGUGUUAUAGGGGUCACAUUACUCUGGCCGAUCCUAUGGCUGGAAGAAAAGCGAUAUAUUCCAGGUCUUUUUCUACGAGGGGGAAAUCUGGCUUACAACAUGGACAAGAAAAUAUCGGAGAUCAAAGAGCAAUGA